AUGGAAGAUGUGGAGAAAAAAAUCAACUUCAAAGUCAUCAUUGUUGGAGGGUCAAUUGCUGGGUUGACAUUGGCCCAUUCGUUGGCACAAGCCAAUAUCGACCACAUCGUCCUGGAGAAGAGAGCGGAAAUAGCUCCACAGGAGGGCGCUUUCAUCGGAGUCUGGCCCAAUGGAGCACAGAUCCUGGAUCAGCUUGGUCUCUAUUCCAGCCUCGAGAACUUGACUGCGCCGCUAAGUCGAAUGCACCUCUCCUUUCCCGAUGGCUAUUCAUUUAGCAGCCUCCUGCCCAAGGCAAUUCACGAAAGAUUCAAGUACCCGAUCAUAUCCCUCGACCGACAAAAGGUCCUUGAAAUCCUGUUCCAAACGUACCCCGACAAGUCCAAAAUUAUCACCAACAAGAGAGUAUCGGAAGUGCGUCUAGGAGAUGACUGUGCUAGUGUGGUCACAGAUGAUGGAAGUGUAUUCAAAGGAGAUCUCAUCGUGGGCGCAGAUGGCAUCCACAGUCGCAUACGUUCUGAGAUGUGGCGAUUGGCGGAUGAAAUAAAACCAGGACUGAUAACAACGCGAGAAAGGCAAACUCUCACGGUCGAGUACGCAUGCGUUUUCGGAAUAUCGCACCCUAUACCUGGGCUUCAAAAAGGAGAGCAUAUCAAUAGAUACGGCGAUAAGUUCUGCGUGAUCACCUUUCAUGGGAAAGACGGCCGUGUGUUUUGGUUCAUUAUCCAGAAGCUCGAUCGUAUCUACAAUUACCCCAACGCACCGCGGUAUUCCCCGCAAGAUGCCGUGGAGCUGUGUCGUGAGCUACAAGGCGUGACCAUAUGGCGCGAUAUCACCGUGAGUGAUCUUUGGAAGACUAAGAUCGUGGCGUCGAUGACGGCACUCGAGGAGGGCUUGUUUGAGACCUGGAACUUCAAUCGCAUUGUUCUCCUUGGCGACAGUGUGCACAAGAUGACACCAAACAUCGGGCAAGGUGCCAAUACCGCCAUUGAAGACGCCGCCGUUCUCGCAUCCCUUAUCAACCGGGUCGUUUGUUCCACUGGGUCACUCCAACCAACAAAAAUUCGAAUUGAAGCAAUGCUCCGAGAGUAUAAAGGUCUACGAUAUGAACGUGCUAAGAGUACAUAUGAACGCUCAAGGUUUGGAGCUCGGUUCCACACCCGAGACAACUGGCUCAAGGCCCUGGUCGGUCGAUAUGUGUUUCAACAUGUUGGUGGUUUCAUUGAGAAGCGUACAAUAAAGACACUUGCCGGGGGCGACAGAAUUGAAUUCCUGCCACAACCAAAGCGCACUGAGUCACUGUGCGUAACGGAGAUUUCUCAGGGGCACCGAUCGACUCCGCGACACUGGAUACUAGUUUGUAUAUCUUCGCUUGUUCUGUGCUUGGUCUUCCCUUGCAUUGGGUCGUAUCUUCACUCGAUCUUUUCGUGA